AUGCUUCAAAUUUGGCGAGGAUUACGAGUCCUGAACUUGCGAACGGUGAUUCUAGAAAAUGCGAGGAACUGCAGCGACGCUAAUUUUCCAGGACAACGACACGUAUUGACGGUGAGUACAACGAGAGGAGUUCCUAGUACAAGCAUAGACUUGAAAGAGGCUUUAUGUGAAAAGAUUCCAAUACACUAUGAUCUGCUGCGAAAUUUUCGUCAACGAUAUGGAUCCUCGGUGAUCAGCCAUAUAACCGUAGAAAAUAUAUACCAAGGAUUAAAUGGGGUGAAAACCAUGGUCAGAGAAACGUCUGAGUUGGACCCAAAAUACGGGAUUAGAUAUAGAGGAUUAACAAUACCGGAAGUCGUUACACUCUUACCACGACAGGGAAAGUCACCAAGCCCGGAAGCUGUAUUUUGGUUAUUGUUAACUGGUGAUGUACCAACACAAGAGCAAACAGCAUCACUAAUUGCUGAUUGGUCUAUGCGACGUCAAAAAAGGAAGGACUGGUGGUCAGGUCCUGGUGGUGGAACUGUUGGUUCCGUACUUGGAAACUUGCCGAAAACAACGUCACCCCUUGAAAAACUAUCGGUGGCUCUUACCGUCUUUGACUCUGGCAAACAUAUAAAAGCAGCUUUAAAAAAUGGCGCUUUAAAUCAUACUCAUUGGGAAUACGUGUAUGAAGAUGGUAUGGAAUUGCUAGCAACGCUGCCAGCAAUAAUUGGCCUAAUCGCAAGAGGCGAAUUGAAGAACUUGAAUGAAGAAAGCGGUGACUGGAUACAAUUUUUAUCGGGAUAUUUAUGUAACGCGUUUAAUAUUUCGGAAAACAAGAAAAAUUCGAUGGUGGAGUUUCUCCGAUUGUAUGUUCUUCUGAAUGCCGAUGAAAAUGGCGGAAUUCCCGGCGUUCAUGUUACAGAAAUACUGGGAUCUUCACAACUGUGUAUUAAUCAAGCUCUUGCGGCAGGAGCUUUAGCAUACGCUGAUGAACCUAAAAGCGGCACAGUAUCACAAUAUAUGGAAUUCCAAUCGAAAAUACAACGUCUCUUUGGUCAAGAAACGAAAGAAGACAAGUUGAGGAAUUAUGUAGCCACUUUGAUUAAAAGAGACAAAUUGAUUGGUUACAAAAAAGCAAAAUUUUGCGAUCCGAAAUACACCGUACUGAUAAAUUAUGCAAGAGAUUAUUUGCCAAAUGAUUACAAUGUGAAGUUAUCGCAAACUAUCACUCAUUUACUUACUACAAUGGUGAAGAAUAUUUUUCCCGAACAAAAUGCAAUUGCUGGACCUACCUUUCAGUUCUAUGGAUUAAGAGACAUGAAAUUCAAUCAAGUAUUAUUGUGUAUGUCGCGUGCGCUGGGUGCAGUUGCAUCAAUUAUUUGGACAAGAGCCGUGAAUGCCACUGUCGAACAUCCAACAUCUAAAUGCACUCACACAUAUUUAAAUUCUAUUCAAGGAACACGAAGAAAACCUAAACGAGGAAAGAACGUAAAAUCUACUCGAAAAUAAAAUUUGUUAUAUUUUGUGUCAUAUAAUGUUGUUAAUUAUAGCA